AACGCUGAGAUCAAGGAAGUCGCUCAGCCGCUGGAUCCAGCCUCGGCCCGGCGUACACCGUAUCUGCUCUUUCCUUCUCCAUUAUUACUUUUAAAUACUGUUUUUUUAGGCGCACACGCUUCGUGUCCCUCCCGGGGACAUUUAGGUAUACGGUACAUUAGUUAGAUUGGCGUUAAUCGUGCACUUAACAGGCAUUUAAUUCGGCAGGUCGGCAUGUCGCAGCAGUUUAUUACCCAGACGUAUCGGUCUGCGAGCGUCUCCUCCGACCAAGAGAUCCUGCCGUCGGGGAUGCAGUACGUGAACUUGUCGCCGAUGCAAGUGCCGAUGCAAGUACCGAUGCAGGUGCCGAUGUCCCGUGUGCAGUACGCCUCGAACGGAGUCCCCGCCGACAACAACAUGGUCUACGAGACCGUGCGCUACCUGGUGCCGGUGGAGCGGAGAGUCGUACCGGAGUCCUACGUGCUGGUCAAUAACGCCCAGCAGAUGAUGUCGCCGGUCUAUAUGCAGAAAGUCCAGGGAUACGCGGUGAACAGCAUGGAGGAUUCGGAAGUGAUCAAUAGCCAGCGCUACAUCGAAGUUGAAAAUGCCGGUGAGAAGACGCCGUCUGUCUUCAGCCAGUCCCCAUCCUCUGUCAAGUCGUCAUCAAAGAUUGAGGAGACCAUCAACAUCAACAGCAGCAUGAACUUCGACAGCCCAGUGGAGACCCUGCCUGAGGUGAAGCUACCAGUCGUGGAAGUGGAGCAGGAGAAGCUAGACACGCGCUUCUUCGGAGAGCUGCUGGCAGAGGUGUGGCGCAAAAACAGCGACAUUCACAACUACAUCUCGGACAAUGUGGUCAAGAUCCGGGGACGGAAACACCUCUUGGACCCCAGCAUCGACUACAAGGUGGAGAAAGACGACACUGAGGACUUGAUCCCCAAAGGCAUUUCGGAGCUGACCAAGCAGCAGAUACGCUACCUACUGCAGACACGCUCCACUGCCGACAAGACCAUGCGUCUCCUCCUGGCCACCUUCAACAGCCUGAGGGAGGAGCUGUUCCACCUGCAGGACGACCUGAAGCGCCUGGAGUCCGAGAAGGAGGGGCUGGAGAAGGACCUGAGCUACAAGGCAGACCAAGCGAUGCAAUACGACCGCCUUUUGGACUCCUUGCGUGAGAACAACAGACAGCUGCAGGUGUCCCUGAAGGAAAGCACCUUGACCCAGAAUAACUUGGAGUCCCAGGUGAUGUCUGUCCGGGGCUCAGACUCUAACCGUGAAUAUCGCAUUAAGGAGCUGGAGGGCAGCCUGAGGGCGCUGGAGCAAGAGAACAGCUUACUGAGGCAGAAGGUGGCCGGUCAGGGCAACAUCACUGGCUUUCAGCAGAAAACGGAAGAACUCUCCAAGCAGUACAACGACAUGCUUAAUGCACUGCGGCACGAGAAGGACAAGGAGAUCCAGAGUCUACGGUCCCAGGUCAUCCAGGUGAAGACCGAGUACUCCACGCAGACAACAGGAGACCGGAGUCUGGAGCUGCGAAUCACGGAGCUGUUGACCAAGUUGGAGCAACGUGAGACCUUCAUCAAGAGACAAGAGGAGGAAAUCAGGAGGCUCAAGCAAGAGAAGAAUGACUGGUCCAGCAGGACCACUAUCACAUCCAGGUUCUCCAACCAGUACCCCAUCCUGGGCCUUCUCAGUGACGACUACCAGGCCACGUCCCCUGUGCAAUCAUCCAAGACGAUUGUGAUCGAAAGGUCCGGAGAACUGCGAAAAUAACAGGAAGACGCAGCCAGAAGAUUGAGAUGCCAACCCUGCAGUCCCUUGCGGUCCUUUUUCCUUGUUCCCUUUCUCUUUUGCUUCUCAGGUGCAGGGCUCCUAGGUGAAGCCGUGGUUCAGGUCGCCACGUGCGAUUUGGCAAAGCGGCUCACUUACUGAGACAAUAUGGCCACCUGUCUAGGAAGAAUCGACGCUAAAUCAGCUGAUUUUUUUUUUUUUGCUGCUCUUGUGUGGUAGCCGGGGUUAGUCAGGAGUAGGAUUUCAAGUAGAUUCAUAUUCAGCUCCCCUGAGUGGGUUAGCAGUGUCACCCCUGCAAAGUACUUGGUUAUUUUGGUUCCAUUUAGCUGCAUGAAUGAGUGCAAUCCGCGGGUAAAAACAAAUCUAAAAAUAUGAGGCAGAUUGAAUUUCCUGCAACCUCAAGAGAGCCGUCAAAGUCCUACCCGCCUUAAGCUUUACGAUGCUUUUACCUCGUCUGUCAAGAGCAAUGCCGCAACUUUUAUUGUUUUUUUGUGUUGUUUUUUUUUUUGGUAAUUUAUGUGUACUUUCAUGGUUGCUUUUGUUGGUCUUUUGCCAUCUCGUGUUUUGUUGAUCUUUAAUGACAGAAGGUGUACAACUGUUUUGACACAUUUAAUGCCUGGAAUGUGGAGAAUCGUUCUGUUGAGAGAAAAGUGCCACGUUAUUUUUUUUUCUUUUACCCCAGGAGCAACUUGUCACGUUUUAAGUAGGUGUUUUCACCCUAAUCAGGUAUUGCUGUGGGAGAGGGGUCUACUUCGGGGUGGAUGUGAAAUACGAGUGUGGGAAAAGAGCUCAGAGAAACUGAGAUGUUAAAGACUGGAGGCCUCGGCUCUGGAUGUGUUGGAGGUGGCUGAAGAGGCAGGAGUAACAUCUAUGUCUCUUUUAUUUGGAAAUACAACAGAAGCAUGUAGUUCUUAACAUGUCCAAAUUGUCCUUUCUGUUCUGCUUAUUGCUGUUAUGCAGGCAAAGUACGUGUCUCGCACCUGAGCAGCAUGAGCCUCAAGGAUCAAUGGGGUUGUUAAUAUAUAGCAAUGAUAUGUGACAGCGCUACACCUUCUCCUCCUCCAAUCCAUUUGGCACUUACGCCCCAGGUACACUAGAUGGCGCUGCAGCAUCACAAUAGAGAAUGUAACUUUUUUUAGCCAAAGUUUAAAUCGUAUGUGAUCGUUUUUCUUGGAGUACUUAAGCACAAUUUUGAAGACAGGGGCUCAUUUUGUCUAAACACUACACAGUUAGCCCAACCACACACCCAAGUAGCAGAAGACCUCGGAUCUUCUGCCGAAUGACACACUUAAGUCAAAGCUCUACAAUAAUUUAUGAAACAAAUGAGGCAUAUGAUUGGAUUCUAUUUGAAUGAGUGACACAUGACUGUGCUCAACCUAUAACACUUUCAUCAUGUCUGCUUUCCUAAUGAUUAAAACACACAGAGAACGUACGAAAAUAAAUUCACCUAGCGCUACAUGAAACCAAUACUGCAGACUGAUGGAAAUAUUUAUUUACUGUGUUUCUCUCCAUGUACUCAGGAUUGUCUGAUAUCCUGAUACUGAACAUCAGAACAAAACACAUUCAGAAGAAACGUCCCAGUGUUCAUGCUACUACUGUAAGCUCAUCAAACAUUUGGAGAGACAAAGGUAUAAAUCACGGUGCCCAAUACAGUUAAAAAAAAGAAACAUUGAGGCAUUACCUCUUUACCUAUCUGGAUCUGGCUAUAGGAUUUGUCGCCGUUGCAGGUUAUAUUCUCAUUGGCAAGACAAACGCUGAAUGUCGAUUGCAUCCUUGUGCAGAUGCUGCAUCAAUUUGAUCACAGUCCUCUUCCUGAUGAGGGGUAUCUGCUCAUAGGGCUGGAGAUUGUAAACCUUCCAUCGCCAUGCCGAGAAAAACUCUUCAGUGGGGUUUAGGAAGGGGGAGUAUGGUGGAAGGCGUUGGAUUGUAAAUUGUGGAUGUUGGUGGAACCAGUUUUGGACCAGAGGAGAUCAGUGGAAAGAGUCGUUGUCCCAGACGGCAAUGUAUCACACCUGAUGCGUUUGCACGAUAUCGUCACAGCAGCAAAUCAAUCUGUGUAAUAAUCUGAGAAUGAGGGUGGUAUUGUAAGGACCCAAGUUGGCAUGGCGAUGGAGGACCCCACUGUAUGUGAUGGCAGCCUACUGUGAAAUAUCACCGGAAUGGAUACCAAAAAGUGCCGAUGUAGUGCAUGCAGCGAGCUACUGGUUUACUGUAGACAGGAGGCAUUUUUCCCCGUUUUCCUGGAUAUUUUCCUGACAAAUUGUACGAAUUACUGAUGUCAUUGUGUAUCUGCUGAGAUUUGGCUGAACUUUCCGUCCAGCCUCCCUCAGUGUUAGUCCGUGGUUUUUCACGCGGUCGACUGGUGCACCACAAAUUUCAUUUGAUAAAUUCGGUCCUCUUCUUCUUUGAGCAUGUCCUCUCCCUCUUCUGGGUCUUCCUCUACCUCCGCCUCUUCCUCCACGGACUCCCCCUCUCAUCCCCGUUCUCCCUCUCCCUCUCCGCAAUUAAGCCCCUAUGUGUCCGCACACCUGCUGGUUGUGUUUAACCAGUUAGUUCAUAGGUGUGGUAAUUUUGAAAUCCAGUGCUUUGACAUGGCAAGGAAGUGUCAUCGUGUUGUGUUUCUGCGUGUGGUGUGUACACAUGUGUUUUAGUGUUUUGCAAAAAAACAUGAGGCUGCCGACGUGCUUGUAGUUCUGCAAGUCUGGGCUGAUGUUUUGCUCCUUGAGUGUGAGGCUUCUCUACCUGUAGAAUACUUUUGAUCUUAAGCAAUCUAAAAGACAACUGUUCAGAUUGCUGCUUAGAUUGCUGUUGCAAAUUUACCUUUAUUAACCUUAAUAAGUAUUGUGUUGCAUCAGAAUCUGCUUCUGCACAAAUGUCUAUGUAUUGCUAUGUGUUUUGCGGCGUUUAUGUUAAACUUUGGUUGCGGGUGGCCAGUACAGUUGUGGGAUCGUUAAAAGGAGGAAUUCCAGUUCGAGCUGACCAUCGAAGGUGUCCUCUGAGCAUACGCGGAGUAGAUGGUUCCGGAAUAUUCCGAAACAUGGGCAUCCAGCUCCGGUUCUCGUGGGCUAUAUGGUUUACAGGCUAUCACUUGGGCUCAGCUCAUAAUUACCUUGCUGAAGUCAUUGAUUAUAAAGGUAACGUUACUUGGUGCUUGUGCGUCAGCUAUUUAGAAGGUAUAUAAAAUCGGUAUCUUUCUCAAAUCUGUUGGUUGAGGAGCUGUAAUUUAAGAUAUUUCAGUGUAGAGGUAUAAAAAAAACUAAUGAAACUGGGAAAAUUCUGCUAAAAUUCUAAUUUAAUCUUAAUACGCUGGGCCCAGUUCUGCACGUAUUUUGCUAUAGCAUUCGGUGACUUUAUUUGUGUUUUAUUUGCUCUGCGCUUGACUUACUUUAUAACCCCCGGAGUACAAUUCAUUGCUUUUCGUUUCACUUGUAAAAACAAAAGUGUCACUUUUGAGAUGAGGAUCCAUAACGGCAAGCAAGGGUGAUGGACCGAUUACUGACAGUUUGUUGGAAAAUUAAGCCACAAUACCACAUGGCAAGUCUGUCAGUAACUAAACGAUAUCACUGCAAGCCUUCUGAGUGCCUUUGUGACAACACAGUGAAAUAAUGCACCAUAAUCCAUUGGGAACAGUGGGGCUGGCCCAGCAAUUGUUAACAACCCAAAAAAAUGGUUUAAUUCACAGCAAAAAAAAAACCAAUAAUCACAGAAGAACAAAACACGGUGGUUCUGAAGGGCUUCAGUCUCUUGCCGUACUGCUUUUGUGAAUCACACUGGAUUUUGGAAGUCAGCGCUUGUGUUUAAUCUCAUUAAAAUGACCAUCUACAAAUA